GAAUCAGUGAUUGAAGAGAGAGCAGAGCGGCGGUAGCGACGACGGCCAUCUUAGAGCUACCGUGGUAACCGACACUCAUCUCCUGGAUUUUAUUUUUCCUGUUCAGUAUAAACGCUCCGGCCUGACUGACGAGGACCGAAGAAGGCUGUGUUUGACUUCCCCGCGGCCGAACUCAAAGUCAGGAUGCGGUUCCGAGGGAAUAAACAAUUUGCAUCCGCAGUCGGACUGGUCCUCGGACUAUUAUGCGCGGUGGAGGCAGCUAAAGUCAAUAAGCACAAGCCGUGGAUCGAGACGACGUACCAUGGGAUUGUGACGGAGAACGAUGACAAGGUUAUUCUGGACCCGCCUCUAAUUGCGCUGGACAAAGACGCUCCUUUACGCUACGCAGAGAGUUUUGAGGUGACCCUCACCAAAGAAGGUGAGAUUUGCGGCUUCCGGAUCCACGGGCAGAACGUCCCCUUCGAGGCAGUGGUCCUGGACAAGUCCACUGGCGAGGGGGUCAUCAGGGCCAAGGAGAAGCUCGACUGUGAGCUGCAGAAGGAGCACACCUUCACCAUCCAGGCCUACGACUGUGGAGAGGGUCCUGAUGGCGCCAACAUGAAGAAAUCACACAAGGCGACCGUCCACAUCCAGGUGAACGACAUCAACGAGUACUCCCCAGUGUUCAAGGAGAAGACGUACAAAGCCACCGUCAUCGAGGGGAAGAAAUACGACAACAUCCUGAAGGUGGAGGCGGUGGACGCCGACUGCUCCUUCCAGUUCAGCCAGAUCUGCAGCUACGAGAUCGUGACGCCCGACGUUCCCUUCACCAUCGACAAAGACGGCUUUAUUAAGAACACUGAGAAGCUGAGCUACGGCAAAGAGCACAUGUACAAGCUGACCGUGACCGCCUACGACUGCGGGAAGAACCGAGCUUCUGAAGACGUGUUGGUCAAAAUCAGCAUAAAGCCCACCUGCAGACCCAGCUGGCAAGGUUUCAAUAAGAGGACUGAGUAUGAACCGGGCACCGGUAGCCUGGCUCUUUUCCCCAGCAUGCACCUGGAGACCUGCGACGUGCCCAUCACCUCCGUCCGGGCCAGCAUUGAACUGGAAACCAACCACAUUGGAAAGGGCUGCGACCGUGACACGUACUCUGAGAAGUCACUGCACAAGCUGUGUGGAGCCAGCUCCGGCACCGUGGAGCUCCUCCCUGCUCCGAGCAGCUCUGCCAACUGGACGGUGGGACUGCCCACUGAUAAUGGACACGACAGCGACCAGGUGUUUGAAUUCAACGGCACCCAGGCCAUCAAGGUGCCCGAUGGUUUGGUGAACGCCAACCUGAAGGAGCCCUUCACCAUCUCUGUGUGGAUGAGGCACGGGCCCGGCUCCCACGACAAGGAGACGAUCCUCUGCAACUCGGACAAAACAGAUAUGAACAGACACCACUACUCCCUCUACGUUCACAACUGCAGGCUAAUCCUUCUCCUCCGCCAGGAUCCGUCCGAGGCGGAGAACUACAAACCAGCAGAGUUCCACUGGAAACUCGACCAGGUGUGUGACAAAGAGUGGCAUCAUUAUGUGCUCAACGUGGAGUUCCCCACCGUUUCUCUGUUUGUGGACGGGACGGCCUUCGAGCCCUUCAUGGUCACAGAGGACUACCCACUGCACCCCUCUAAGAUCGAGACUCAGCUCACCGUUGGGGCCUGCUGGCAAGAAAACUCGGGACAUGACAAUGACACUGAGGCGGCCCCUGAGACCACCUCAGGCGGGAACGCCCGAAUGGCUCAGUUUUUCCGAGGAAACCUUGCAGGCUUGAUCAUCCGCUCCGGCAAGCUGGAGAACAAGAAGGUGAUCGACUGUUUGUACACCUGCAAAGAAGGCCUGGAUGUGCAGCUGCCUGAGGAAGUGGCUUCAGCGGUGAAGGUUGAUUUCAACCCCAGCCAGUCCUCUCUGACAGUGGAAGGCGACGACAUCGGCGCCUUUGACAAAGUCAUGCAGCACAUCUCCUACUUAAACUCCCGCCAGUUCCCAACUCCAGGCAUUAGGCACCUCCGCAUCUCCACCACUGUCAAGUGUUUGAACGAGGACGCCUGCGUGGCGGUGCCGGACGCUGAAGGCUACGUGAUGGUGCUGCAGCCCGAGGAGCCGAAGAUCAGCCUGAGCGGCAUCGACCACUUCGCCCGCAGCGCCGCCGAAUUCGAGAGCCAGGAAGGCGUGACUCUGUUUCCCGAGCUUCGCAUCGUCAGCACCAUCACCCGGGAAAUGGAGGCCGACGCAGAGUCUGAAGCAGCAGAAGGCGCCGACGACGACCCCACAGUUCAAGAGACAGUUGUGUCGGAGGAGAUCAUGCACAACUUGGACUCGUGUGAAGUGUCUGUGGUGGGAGAUGAGCUGGACGGCGAGCACGAGAGCCUGGAGGUGGACGUCUCUCAGCUGCAGCAGCGCGCCCUGGAGAUGAGCUCGUCUAACCUGGGCCUCGUCAUAACUGGCGUGAACACCAUGGCCAACUAUGAGCAGGUCCUGCACCUCAUCCGCUACAAGAACUGGCACACCGAAGCGCUCUUUGACCGGAAGUUCAAGCUGGUCUGCUCUGAACUCAACGGUCGCUACAUCAGCAACGACUUCAAGGUUGAGGUUAAUGUGAUUCACACGUCCAAUCCUGUAGAGCACGCCAACAACGCCAUGGUGCAGCCCAACUUCAUCAAUCCUGUCCAUCACGCCUCUGUCGAUCUGUCUGGUCACAACCUGGUCAACGCUCACCAGGCUUCGGUGGUCCCCAGCGCCGCCACCAUCGUCAUCGUGGUGUGUGUGAGCUUCCUGGUGUUCAUGAUAAUCCUGGGCGUGUUCCGCAUCCGAGCUGCACACCAGCGCUCCAUGAGAGACCAGGAGAGCGGCAAGGAGAACGAGAUGGACUGGGACGACUCGGCCCUCACCAUCACAGUUAACCCCAUGGAGACGUACGAGGACCAACACAGCAGCGAGGAGGAGGAGGAAGAGGAGGAGGAGAGCGAGGACGGGGAGGAGGAAGACGACAUCACGAGCGCUGAGUCAGAGAGCAGCGAGGACGAGGAGGGCGGCGAGCCAGAAGACCAGCAGGGGACCAGCAGACAGCAGCAGCUGGAGUGGGACGACUCUACCCUCACCUACUGAGACACACCGAGCCCCCCACACACACACACACACACACACACACACACACACACACAUA